AUGGAACAACUUGAACAAGAAUGUAUUGAAAAACUGAAGAAGAAGAAUGUUCACAUCUCGAUGUACAGGCGCUAUGUGGAUGAUUGCUUCAUCGUUGCACGGGAAGAAGAUGUGGACACAAUUUUCGAUACAUUUAACUCCGCACACACGAGCCUGAAAUUCACCAUCGAGAGGGAGAAUGAUGCGAAAAUUCGCUUUCUUGAUAUGACUUUGCACAGAACAGGGGAGAAGAUUGAAAAGUCUUGGUUCCCUAAGCAACCGGAUGGGCGCUAUUUAGAUUUCUUUUCUGAAAGCCCAUAUACGCACAAAUCCAAUACAGCAUUUGCGCUUAUUGAUCGUGCGUUAAAACUGUCCGAUGCUAAAAACAGAAAAAACAGCAUAGUAACAGUAAAGUCAAUUCUCAUGAAAAACAACUAUCCGCAAAAUAUGGUCGACAACAUAAUACAAAAAAGAGUACAUCUGAUGUUCAACACUUUGGAAAACAAAGAACAUAAACCGGACGGCAGUCGCUUCGUAUCGCUCCCGUACAUACCACGUUUGACUGAAAAAGUUGCCAAAAUCUUGCGGAGAUACAAUCUGGUUGCUGCUCCCAAGCCGUGUGAUAAAAUUAAGUCGAACAUCUUCACGAAGCUCAAGGACCCAAUACCGUUAAUGCAGCAAACGAAUGUCGUGUACGCCAUCUCAUGCUCUUGCGGUAACGAGUACAUUGGACAAACUUCUCAAACAUUGUUCAAACGCAUCAAGCAGCACGAGAAUAACGUACGCCUAAAACAAAAAUCCACGGGGUUGGCGCAACACGCUUUAGACAACGGUCCUGGCCAUGUUUUUGGAUUCUCUAAAACGAGAAUAUUGGAGAGAAUUACCAACACGACCCACCGACGGAUAGCCGAAAAAUUACACAUCAAAAUGCGAGAGAAUCGAGCGGUAAACAUCCAACAGGAUACCAAAGGUAUCUCAAGUGUCUACAACGGUCUGUGGAAAAAGCUACGAGAAAAAGACGACGCGGAAGUCAGGCGGAAAACAGUAGUAGCGUCGACAGUUAGCGGCAGCAGCAGCAACAACAAAAGUCUUCUGAUCUAA